CAUUGGUACCAGGAGAAAAAUCACAUUGGACGAAAAAUGUUUUGUCCAAAACAUAUAUUUUGUAGACUAAAUAGCCAAAAUUUGAAGAAUUUGUUUACAUUUGUUGCAGCACGUAAUGUGACAACAACAAGAAUUUUAAAGGCAGAAGACAAAACAGAUGUUACAGGAGAAUUAGAAACAGCAUCAGAUCCACAUCUUUAUGUACCAGAUAGACCACCAUUGCCAAUUGUUACAUCUAGACAACUAGAAUAUCCAUCUGAGCAUCUUCCGUCCAAACAAGCCUGGUUAGAUACAAUGGCAACACUGGAAGAAGAAAAGUUAGGCAUUGUAGAUCUACAUCCAAAAAUAUUUGGCACCUAUCCAAGAAUUGAUAUACUUCAUAACAAUGUAGACUGGCAAAGAAAGUAUAGAUUUAUAGAUUAUUCAUUUGCAAGAAGCAGAGCAGAAAUGCCUGGUGGUGGUAAAAAGCCACAUCCACAGAAGAAGACUGGUAGAGCAAGGCAGGGUAGUAUACGGUCACCAAUAUAUUUUAGAGGUGGAAAAGCACUUGGUCCUCGUGGUCCAAAAUCUUUUUUCUAUAUGUUACCAAAGGUAAAAAGAGUCCAUGGACUGUGUUGUGCAUUAUCUGCUAAGUAUGCUCAGAACAAGCUGAUUAUAGUUGAUUCCUUGGAAAUACCAAAGGCAGAUCAACAGUUUUUAGAAGACUUGAUAGAUGUGAGAUUUUGGGGCUUCUCUGUGCUCUUUGUUGAUGAUUCUGAUAUAAUGCCCAGAAAUUUCUCUUUAGCAGUCAACCAGAUACCUCAUUUUAAUGCUAUGCCAGUAUAUGGUUUAAAUGUGUACAGUAUGUUGAAACAUGAGACCCUGGUAUUGACAUUAGCUGCUGUGGAAAAAAUAGAAAGCAAACUAUUACAAAUUUUAUAUAGUGCUCAAAAGGAAGAUGUUAAAUUUGAAUAUAAUGAAUAAAUUACCAUGUGUUUGUCAUAGUA